CAUUUGAGCGCCGGACAGACGUGCGCACUGACAGGAGUCCUUGGCUGCUCGGCCUGCUGGAGGUGAACUGAACUGCGAGGACAAACAUGCAGAGCUGGACACAGUUAUAUCGCUCCUUGGCUGCGCGGAGCCAUCAACUCCCUUGCAAACUCCAUGGUGCUGCUUCAGUGUCCGUCCGCAGCUAUGCUGACAAAGCAGCAAUCGAUGCAGAUGUCACAGUGGUGGGCUCUGGUCCAGGGGGCUAUGUGGCAGCCAUCAAAGCAGCACAGCUUGGAUUCAAGACUGUGUGUGUGGAGAAGAAUGCAACACUGGGCGGAACCUGUCUGAAUGUUGGCUGUAUCCCAUCAAAGGCUCUGCUAAACAACUCACACCUGUACCACAUGGCUCACGGCAAAGACUUCGAAAGCAGAGGCAUCGAAAUUUCAGGCAUCUCGUUGAAUCUGGAGAAAAUGAUGGCGCAGAAGAGCGGCGCAGUCAAGGCACUUACAGGAGGAAUCGCACAUCUAUUCAAACAGAACAAAGUAACACACGUCAAUGGGUUCGGAAGAGUGAGUGGUAAAAACCAGGUCACUGCUACGACAGCUGACGGCAGCGAGCAGGUCAUCAACACAAAGAACAUUCUGAUCGCCACGGGCUCUGAAGUCACGCCAUUCCCAGGGAUACAGAUUGAUGAAGAGAGUGUGGUGUCGUCUACUGGAGCUCUGUCCCUUAAGAAGGUUCCCGAAGAGCUGAUAGUGAUCGGAGCUGGUGUCAUCGGAGUGGAGCUGGGGUCAGUGUGGCAGAGACUGGGAUCCAAGGUCACGGCUGUAGAGUUUUUGGGCCAUGUUGGUGGGAUGGGCAUCGACAUGGAAAUCUCCAAGAACUUCCAGCGCAUCUUGCAGAAACAAGGGCUCAAGUUUAAGCUUGGCACCAAAGUUCUCGGCGCCACUAAAAGGCCGGAUGGGAAGAUUGAUGUUGCUGUGGAGGCAGCCGCCGGCGGAAAGAACGAGACUCUGACGUGUGACGUGCUGCUCGUCUGUAUCGGCAGACGACCUUUCACUCAGAACCUGGGCCUGGACUCUGUUGGUAUCGAGCUUGACAACAGAGGACGCAUCCCUGUGAACAACCGGUUCCAGACCAAAGUCCCCAGCAUCUAUGCCAUUGGAGACGUGGUGGCCGGACCAAUGUUGGCCCACAAAGCUGAGGACGAGGGCAUCAUCUGUGUGGAAGGCAUGGCGGGUGGGGCCGUGCACAUCGACUACAACUGUGUUCCUUCAGUUAUCUACACACAUCCUGAGGUGGCCUGGGUCGGUAAAACUGAGGAGCAGCUCAAAGAGGAGGGCGUCCCCUACAAAGUUGGCAAGUUCCCCUUUGCUGCCAACAGCCGUGCUAAAACCAACGCAGACACCGAUGGUCUAGUGAAGAUCCUCAGCCACAAGGAGACCGACAGAAUGCUGGGAGCUCACAUCCUUGGAACUGGGGCAGGAGAGAUGAUCAAUGAAGCUGCCUUGGCGAUGGAGUAUGGAGCAUCCUGUGAGGACAUUGCCAGAGUGUGCCACGCUCACCCUACGGUCUCCGAGGCCUUUAGAGAAGCCAACCUGGCUGCCUCUUUCGGGAAAGCCAUCAACUUCUAGACAUAGUUGCAACUUCACUGUACAUAACAAGGAGGAAGCAGGAAGCUCGGCAUCAUGGAAACCUACAACCUGUCACCUGAACUCUACUGCAUUUAGUUCAUGUUAUUUAAAUGUUCUCAAUUGACAAAAUAAAAGUGGGUUUAUGGAAAACAA